CAUUCUGAACACGAAGCCUCAAAGCCAUUUUCUCUCGAUUUCAACUCCCAAAACCCAAAUUACACAAACACAAUACACACAGAAGUAACAGAGAAGAAGAAGAAGAAGAGAAGAUCAUCAACGACCCGAAUCCCCCCACCCCUACCCCAAAUCCAUCACCAACCCACGUCCCCUUUUCCGAAAUCAAAUCUACCCCUUUUUUCAAAUUUCAAUCUUUUCAUACCCAGAUUCACAUGUCACUUUACUGUGAUAACAGUUUUGCUUCAUAACAAGUUCUGUUUGAUGAUUUUAGUUUCUGUUUUUUUGGGUUUAAUGCAGAUAAAGAAAGGGCAAAUGGACGUAAAUUCCAUGUGUUUAUGAGGUGUUUGUAGCAUGCACUGCUUGAUUUUACGUGAGAUUUGAGACUGAGGAUCUAUAACGAGGACUGGGUUUCAUAUUCAAAGAAUUGUAAUUAAGUGCGAAGAGCUGAUAAUUAAUUAAAGAGAAAUAUGGCGAAUCAAGUGGUGAAAGUGAAGAGAGAUAGAAUUGCGGCAUGCAUAACAUGCCCUCUUUGCCAUAAGCUCUUUAGAGAUGCCACUACUGUUUCCGAAUGUCUUCACACGUUUUGCAGGAAAUGCAUCUAUAAGAAGCUCUCCGAUGAAGAAACGGAACGCUGCCCAAUAUGCAAUAUUGACUUGGGCUGUGUCCCAUUAGAGAAAUUGAGGCCAGAUCAUAAUCUGCAAGAUGUAAGAGCAAAGAUAUUCCCUUACAAGAGGCGAAAGGUGCAGGCACCUGAAGUUGUGCCUCCGAUUUCCCUUCCAGUCAGGAGAAAAGCGAGAUCACUAUCUUCACUAGUGGUCAGCACUCCAAGAGUAUCAACACAGACUGGAACAACAGGAAGAAGAUCAAAAUCAGUGGCAAGAAAAGCAUUACGAGGCUCCACCUUUUCUGUUGAGAAACCUAUCAAGAAAGAGGAAAAAAUAUCUGGAGAAGAUCAACUGGAUAGCUCUAGUUCACCUGAGACUUUGACCAAGUUCACUCAGAACAUAAGGCAGAAUUCUUCCAGUGCUGAGCUUUCUGGCCAACCCACGCCUGAUAACGAAACGGAGAAUGGCACGGACCAGUGGGAAGGUAAAGUUGAUUUAUGGAAACCUUUGAACUGUUUGGUCGAAGUAGCAAACCAGAGCAAGUCUGCGAAGUUUACUUCCCAAGGUUCUACUGCUAAAUUAGAAUGUCUGCAUUCCCUUGGCAAUGAAGCUCAUGUCCAUAAAACUAAAUUGAAAAAACGUGGACUGAAAAUCAAAGUUCACGAUGACAAGAAUAACAGCGGAGCUUCUCAUUUGGGAUCAGAUAAACCUAAAAAGUUGCGAAGGAAUCGCCAAAAGAAGGCAUCAGAAUUUGGAGAAUCUAGUAUUUCACCACAAACUGUGCUGGAUGCAAUCACUGCCAAAUGUGAAAGAAGGAAUAAUCCAAUUUGGUUCUCAUUGGUGGCCUCUGAAGAUCAGGAGGGAGGUGCACCCUUGCCCCAGAUUUCUGCAAGUUACUUGAGAAUAAAGGAUGGAAAUAUUCCCGUUUCUUUCAUCCAAAAGUAUCUGAUGAGGAAGUUAGAUCUUAUGAGCGAAGAUGAGGUUGAAAUUAGAUGUAUGGGUCAGUUGAUAGUCCCCACUUUACAACUGAAUACUUUGGUGGAUAUGUGGCUUGAAACUACCAACUCAGAAAGAGUACCGGCUAUAAUUGGUUCAUCAGCAAAAGACUUUGUGAUGGUGCUGGUUUAUGCUCGUAAAGUCCCGGGCCUUCCUGCUUCUUGAAUUAUUCUUUCUGCCUCCAAUAAUCUGCGUAAUAUCCGGACUAUCAGCCCAAAAAUUGCUAGACGAAAUGUGUCCUAUAGAGGCAUGUUGUGUGUAAGAUCCUAAGCUAUUUACAUGCUGCUGCUGCUGCUGCUGGAAUUGUCACAAAUCAGCAGCAAAUGAGCAAUGACCGACGGUGCAGAACAACUCGAGGAUGACUCUUCUUGCACUUACCAGAGUUACUUUGUGUUUCUCCAAUGUGUUGUAUGAUUGUACACUACCUUGUACUAUCAUAAGGGAUGAAUUUUGUCUUGUUAACCGCGCGCCAAGAUUCAUGGUAGCAUGUAUUUAAGUCAAACUAUUGAGUGUUUUUCUCAGUUUACCCUUCUUUAAUGAGGCUUUUCCGGUGCA